AUAGCCUACUCGCACAUGGUCACAACAGUCAAACGAGCAAACUCAUAUAUUCUUGUGAUUAGAGAGCCUCUCGACAUUUUCCGUUACAGCUAGUUAAAUAAGCGUGUGUAGCUUGUUUACCAACUUUUCAGCUGUUGUUGAAUAUUAUAAAACAAGGACAAUCUUGUUUUCUUACUUGUUUUAGGUACUAGCUAGCUAGCUAGCUAGAAGAGGCAACCAGAUUUGCAAGCCUAAACUCAGGCGGCCCAAGAAGGCAAUUACCAACAACAUCUUUGUUGCAAGACCUCCACGAUGUCAACCAACACCAAACAGGUGAAGAGCUGUCCCAUUCCCACACGGGUUCUUACUCUCAAGGACUGGUCCCAGCUGCCAGACUGCUACAGUCAAACACCUGGAGGGACUCUUUUCUCUACAACACCCGGGGGAACCCGCAUCAUCUACGACAGGAAGUUUCUCUUGGACUGUCGAAACUCUCCCAUCGCCCGCACGCCUCCGUGCUGCCUCCCCCAAAUCCCUGGGGUCACCGUUCCCGCCCUGCACCCCCUGGGCAAGCUCCAGGAGCUGAAGGAAGAGAUGGAGGAGGAGGAGAAAGACCUGGCUGAUGACAGCCAGUUUGAGAUGGACAUGUGAGCGCCAGUUGAGGUUCCUGUGAAGAGCUGUUUUUAACCUCUGCUGUCUCUCGUGACCCGCACGCCUUAAACACUCUUUUUCAACUUUCUUUUUUUCAAACAUAUUUUUGAGGAACCAAAAAAAGGAGAAACAACUAAUCUUAUUGGGAGUCGUUGACCCCUUGAGUUCUAACAAAAAAAGUAAAGUGCAAAAGGGCGUUUUAAUAGAGGACUGGUUGCAGACUUCGAGUUGUAACUGGAAGAAAGGAUCAGAUUGUUUGCUGGACAUUUUUUCCCGUGUUGUAAAUAUGACUAUGGUACUUUAUAUUUUUUAACAGGGAGGGAGGGAUUCAAGAGAAGUACUUGUAAAGCAGGGAUGUUUGCUAAGGGCUGUGUUGCCAAAAUAGUUUUUUUAAGAGUUUUCCUCCAUUUUGGAGGUGUAUGUAAGUUGGUCCUGGAGUUAAGUUCAGACAGGCUGUGGAUGAGCUCUUCCUUGUGUUCUGAAGGAGGAAUAAGGUCUGUGAAAAAUAAAAAUGAAAAAACAAACAUGAAA